UCCCGGCCCCCGCCCGUCCGCCCCCGCCGCUCCCGCGCAGCCUCGCCGGGGGAGGCAGCAGCGCCGCGCCCCAGCCGCCCGCGGUGAAUAUGGCCCUGGCAGGGAAGCCUUUAGACGCGACUCUCACCACCUCCAGAGCUGACCAACGGAAUAUGGUUUUUCCCCAGAAAGACGAAAUCAUCACCAGCUUAGUGUCUGCCUUAGACUCCAUGUGCUCAGCGCUGUCCAAGCUAAACGCAGAGGUGGCCUGCAUCGCUGUCCAUGAGGAGAGUGCCUUCGUGGUGGGCACUGAAAAGGGACGGGUCUUCCUCAGCACCCACAAGGAGCUGCAGGCCGACUUCCAGAAGUUUUGCAGAAUCCAGCAAAGGAAGGAGCAGGAUGCAGAGGCACAGAAGAAGGCAAAGGAGUGUGGGCGAAGGGUGCUCAGGAUCUCCCCGGACCAGGGAUCAGACGUGUACCUCCUCAGGAAGAUGGUAGAGGAAGUGUUUGAUGUGCUUUAUAGUGAAGCCAUGGGGAAGAGCAGUGUGGUCCCUUUGCCGUACGAGAGGUUCCUGAAAGAGCCGGGCUCACUUGCAGUUGCUGGCUUGCCUGAAGGGAUCAGCUUUAAGAAACCCAUGGAGUACGAUGUGAAAUCCCUGAUGGCCAUCCUAGAACACAGCCACAGCAUCCGCUUCAGGCUUAAAAGGCCAGCAGAUGAGCCCAGCCGAGAGCCCAACCCCAGCGUUGAGUUAACUUGUUCCUCCCUCGCCUCCAAGGGCAGCCGAGACUCCGGUGCCAACGGCCCCAUGGCCAAGCCUGCCACCCAGGACACCCCCUCCGCCAUUGCUGUCACCAACUUCCUAUACAGCGUCUCGCUGCCCACUCCUGUCGCCGUUGACCUCAAGCAGGAGGUGUCCUCGGGGCUGCCUGGGCCGACCGCGGUGGGCGAGGCUCUGCUGGCCCGGCCGGCAGGAGAGCUGAAGGUGCCUUCCUCACAGGAGUACAGCGACUGCUGUGGACAGAAAUCAUCGGUCUCCGGAGGUCCCCUCAUCCAGAAUGUGCACUCAUCCAAGCGCAUCCUCUUCUCCAUCGUACACGACAAGACAGAUAAGUGGGACAGUUUUAUAAAAGAAACUGAAGAUAUCAACACCCUUAGGGAGUGCGUGCAAAUUCUGUUUAACAGCAGAUAUGCUGAAGCCUUGGGGUUAGACCACAUGGUCCCCGUCCCAUACCGGAAGAUUGCCUGUGACCCUGAGGCAGUGGAGAUCAUCGGCAUCCCGGACAAAAUACCCUUCAAAAGACCUUGCACCUAUGGUGUCCCCAAACUCAAGCGGAUAUUGGAGGAGAGGCACAAUAUCCAUUUUGUUAUCAAAAGGAUGUUCGAUGAGAGAAUUUUUACAGGAAGCAAAUUUACCAAAGAUCCAACCAAGCUGGAACCUUCCAGCCCCCCCCGGGAGAUUUCCCCUGAGCCACACCGCGGGGCUGUGCUGGACCUGGCGGGGACCUCUCAGGCCAACAGCAGGUCUGAGAAGUGUAGUGUUUCUGAAAGCUGUGAACCAGGUACCUCAGGAGAGCUAGGUGGGAUCAGGCAGAUCAAAAUCGAACCAGACGAGCUGGACAUCAUCCAGAUCACCGUACCAGACCGAUCACCUGGUUUAGAUGAGAUGCACAACCCAGCGCCCACACACGUGGCCUCCGAGGAGUCGAGCUACAUCCUGGAAACAGUAGCAGAGACAGAGAAGGGGCCAAGUGAGGAGUCUCGACGUGAAGAAAGGCAGAUGGAGGGAUCAGAUGGUAUAGGGGAUGUUUUAAGUCAUUUGAGGAAACAAGUUGAAAUUCUGUUCAACUCACGAUACGCGAAAGCCAUAGGAAUAUCAGAGCCGGUCAAAGUCCCCUACUCCAAGUUCCUGAUGUACCCUGAGGACUUGUUUGUUGUGGGCUUGCCAGAAGGCAUCCUGCUGCGCCGCCCCAACUGCUUCGGGAUUGCAAAGCUGAAGAAGAUCCUGCAAGCAAGCAACAACAUCCAGUUUGUCAUUAAAAGACCUGAGCUGCUGGCAGAGGGCUUAAAGGAGCCGACAUCGGACAGCCCAGCAGCCAAAGCCGCCAGCGAGAGGGACUCGAGCGAGGUGCUGAUGGAGGACGCUGUGAAGAGACAGGGCUUUCAAGAAAAUUAUGAUGCCAGGCUUUCCAGAAUAGACAUUGCUAACACGCUGCGGGAACAAGUCCAGGACCUGUUCAAUAAGAAAUACGGUGAGGCCUUGGGGAUUAAAUACCCUGUGCAAGUGCCAUACAAGCGGAUCAAGAGCAAUCCAGGGUCAGUGAUUAUAGAGGGACUGCCCCCUGGGAUCCCCUUCCGGAAGCCCUGCACCUUCGGCUCACAAAACCUGGAGAGGAUACUAGCUGUUGCUGAUAAAAUCAAGUUCACUGUGACGAGGCCUUUUCAAGGACUUAUCCCCAAACCUGCCCCUAGACGGAUAACAUCCUUGGAAAAAGCGUACGCUGCCUUGAAUGAUGAGGAUGAUGCCAACAGGCUCGGAGAGAAGGUGAUUCUCCGAGAGCAAGUGAAAGAGCUUUUCAAUGAAAAAUACGGAGAGGCUCUGGGCCUGAACCGGCCUGUCAUGGUGCCCUAUAAACUCAUCAGGGACAGUCCUGAUGCCGUGGAGGUUACUGGGUUGCCAGACGAUAUCCCGUUCAGAAAUCCCAAUACCUAUGACAUUCAUCGGCUGGAGAAGAUCUUGAAGGCACGGGAGAGCAUUCGGAUGGUGAUUAUAAACCAGCUCCAGCCAUUUGCUGAAAUCUGCCCCGAGGUCAAACAAACAGAGAAAGACAUCAGUGUUCCCAAACGGAAGCGGAAGAGGAUCUCUGAAGGAAACUUGGUAUCUUCCUCUUCCUCGUCUUCCUCUUCCUCCUCUUCCAAUAUGGAGUCUACAUCAUCAACAAAUCAGAUCUCACUUGUGGUAAAGCCUUCCAAAUAUUAGGGGGGUUACUGCCUACCUAUCUUUCUGCUUCUGGAUGCUGCUCUUUGUUCUCGAACCGUCACCACCUCCCUCUGCCUGACAAACACUAUUAAGUGUGAUGUAAAAUGGCACAAGCAGGUUUGGCAAAGAAGGGGACACACCUGUGGGGCUGCCUUUUCCUGCUGGGUUUCUCUGGGGGAGGUCAGCAGACCAAAGCGUCUGCCACCGCUUGGGGCUCUCCCACAUCCCUGCUGGGUGCCAUGGGGGUGCUCAGCUUUAGUGGGAGCCACACGUGAGCUGCACACAGACUCGAGCAAAUUCUCCCACCCCACUGGGUUAAAACACAGAUGCUGGUUGCAUCGUCUCGGGCCUGUAGCACCUCUUGGCAGGACCCAGUGGUUCCCCAUGAUCUGAGCUGUGCCGGGUGUACCUCCAGCUCGGUCCUGGGAGUGAUGCAGAGCUUCAGCAUGCCACAAACCCACAAAAAUAGGAAACAAAUCAGGGAGAUGCAUACAGCUGCACUCCCUCAGGGCUUGGCUUUGGUUGUGGAUGAUACAAAAUAAAACUCCCCCCCAAAAGAGCAAGAGAAAUACAAAUUUAGAAGUUUUUUUGUCAAGUUUGCCAAUGGUGUUUUGAUUUGGGGUUGGUUCUUCUCCUCUCCUUGGAAAGUGGGAGCAACAGCUGGUGUCGAAACAUGUCAGAGGUUUGAUGUAUGCAUGGUUUUGUGUUGUGUCCUAACAGAGACUUUUGCCUUCUUUUUCUCUCCCUCUCUUUCAGCAAUGGCCCAUGAACAUGUACAUGUUAGACUAUGGUGGUCUAAACGUCCAGAUCCCAGGACCUAUUAACUAUUAGACCUCAAUACCGAAUAAGAACCUCAAAUGAGAAAAUAAAUAAAUAAAUAAAUAAAUAAAUGUAAUUUAUGUAAAAAGUGUAUAUUCCAAUAUGUAUCAAUGCCUUUUAGUUUUUCCAAUGAUUUUUACACUAUAUUCCUGCCAUCAAGGCCUUUUUAAAUAAAAAUAAAAAGUGUUGCCUUGCUCUUAAAA